GAUCGCGGGCGGCCGUGGAUGACGAGGUGAGGCUAUCGUCGAGACAGUCACCCGAGGUACCUACCUACGUACUUAGCAUGGACACUACACCUCAGAUUUGCUGCUUCCCUGAUUACCCGAACAGAUCAACAACUGUACUAAAUCCCGAAAGUCUCGACGAAAGUGAAGAAGCUCCGAGUCCCUCCUCUACCUACAUACCUACCUCUACCUAGGUACUCCUGCCCUCAACGAACUGGGGUCAAAGUCAGUGUUUAUGCUCGCUCCCUUUCCAAUCCGUAUCGUUCCGGACUCUUCACUUCUCUUUUUCCACCACAUGUGCCGUCGCCCCCUGCACGGUGCAAUCGAGCCUGCAGUGAGUGAGUGCUAGGGGCGACGCUGCUGUGCUGCAGCAGGCACUGGUAGGUGCAGGUGGUAGUGUACUGCCCCGGUGCAUACCUACCCCAGUGCCUGGAAUAUCAGGUACCUUAGGUAUCCAGCAGGAUGCUCCAUCCUCGCUCCUUCCAGGUUCCAUGCUUCCAGGCCGGGCCUGAAGAGAAGCGGGCCACAGGGGUCCGGUCCCUGGUCUGCUGGGCCUGCUAGUGUAGGCCUGAGAGUCUCCGCUCCCUUCUCCGCCUCCUGUUCUCUCCUUUCCUUCUGCUUGUGUGCCGAGCGGAUUGGCGUGCAACAAGCGAGUGCCUGGGGCUUCCACAGCACUCAACGCUGCCGCUCUGUGCGAGUGCCGCAACCGUCCCGGAUUCUCGUGGCCUUCACCUUCCCCUUCCAUUUCCCUUUUCUCUCCUAGGUAUCCUCGGUCGCUCCUUUCUCCUCCUCCUCCUCCUCCUCCUCCUCCUCCCACUCCUCCUCUUCCUCCACCCACGCCACACCUUCUCUCCGCGGUGUAGACGCCUUCAGGUUUUCCAACUAUUCACGGUCUUUCGACGCGUGGAUAUUACACUCUCUUUUUCCAAAAGUCGUCUUCGGGACUCUUCCCUGCCGCAGGGCGUGCCAUUCUUUAACCACCACCACCACAAUCAACACACAGCUCCAACCCGAUCAGACGGACUACCUACCCAACGUCCCAAAAUCAAUUUCGACAUUCUUUUGCGACUCCCAGAUUCUCGGCUUGACCCUGAACAGUCCUCCUUUUUGCGAAGCCAUCACCACCAACAAAUACCACUAAUCACCACAUCGUACUGCCAAUUACAGCCCGCCUCUUCGCUGUGACCUCGAUCUUGAUUCGUCGCCAAUAUAUCCUCGUUCUUUUUGGACCCGUUCUUGGACACAGACGAUCUCGACUCGCCAUCUUCUGCCUCUGGAAAGACCACCACCAUCGCCAACCCGCAAUCAUUUGCCGAGAUUUGCAUGUUGAUUUCCGUGGCACAUAUAAAUGUUAUGACAACACCAUCUUGCUUGCGUUAAACAGUCGACAUUGCGAAACCUUUCGAUUUGGCGCCAGAGAUCACGACGGCAUUAUCAGUUUGGUUGUUUCAGCGUUGGAUUACAUUGAGGAAAGGUAUCACGAUCGGUGAAAUGGAGGGAGAUGUUGGAAGGCUUCAUUACGGCUUGGGACGCCGAAUCCCAAUCGUCAGACGUCAUGGCAGCAUGGGAAUAGGUUCGGCAACGUUGGGCUCUCGAAUCCCCACGCCCGUUCUUGUUGCCCGUGCUGUUGUUUCUUCCUCGGACGGCAAGGAUUGCGUCGCCAAUCCGAAUCUUUGCGAAAAGCCCGUGGGCGGUUCGCAGUUGACUGUGCCCAUCGUGCUAGGUCUCUGUAUCCCACUUGUAGCUGCUUUCAGUGUCUUCUUCUACCUCCAUAGGAGAAACAUGAAGAAGCUGGCGGCCGAGGAGGCCCAUGACCCUCAUAAAUCCCUAGAUUUCGGCUUGGAUGAAAACAUGGGCAAAGCCAAAGGGAGAAACAUGGCGGGCGAAAAGGACGGCAACGGAUCGCGAUUCCACGCCCACCAAAUGUCGAUGGACAUGAAUCUUUCCAGCCCUUACCUUUUGCCGCCUGAUGCUCAUGGGUCUCAGUCAUCACUCAACUCCUUGGCCCGCACGCUCAACCCGCAAGAUGAUCCUUUCCGCCCGGUAACUCAGUACACUGCCAGUGAUGCCGCCUCGGUCAAAUCCAUGCCCAGGGGAACCGACAGGGGCCCAGGAGGUCCAUUCCGCGGACCUCCUCCUCGUCAAGGUUCUAUGCCCAGGUCUCCCGAGCCCACUCACGCCAGGCCUGGUAAUGGACCCAGACCACCUAGAAUCUCUGUUCAAGAUCCCUCUUCAAAUGCGACAUCCGACAACGAAACAAGCGACUCGGAGAGGACUCUGACUGGCUCGCCAAGGGAGCUUCAUGCUGCCACCCACAAGGACGGUGUCAAGCCUCCCGCUUCUCCUAGCCAGCCGAUUAGCCCCGCGAAUCCUGCUGUGGACGUCGGAUCAAAGAAGGCUUCCACGGGCCUUGGUCUCACUAAUAUUCCCGAGCCUAUGCAGGCUUCAAUCCACGAUGCUUCUUCGCCCUCUUCCACCCCUGCCAGCACUCCCCGCGAGCCUACUCACCCUGCAUCGGCUGCUCCGACUAUCCAACAGCCUCAAGAGUACUUUGAUCUCCCCAAGAUGCCCGAAGAGCCUGAGGAUGAUGACCGGAGAGGACGUAACAUGCAGAGAAAGUCUCAGCUCUACGAACAGCAGGAUGCUGCCAAGGAUGGUCCCGGCCUAGGUGUACCUCAAAACGGUGUGAACCGCCGCUUGUCUGUUGGUUUCCGUCCUCUACCGCCUGAUGAUAUCAUGGAGUCCGAGGAUCCCGAGUACCGUGCCAACCGUAUCAGGUCUUUCUACAAGGAGUACUUCGAGGACAAGCCUGGUGACGCGCCUCCUGUACCGGCACUGCCCAAGAACAUCGGUCAGAUGCAAGGAAAGGGUCCUCAGCAACCGCCGCAGAACCAGGACUACGACGAUCUUGCCGCGCCCUACUUCGACCCCAAGGCGAAUGCCUUCGUCAUGCCUUACGCUCAACCCGUGGCUCGCCGUGCCAUGACUCCUCCCCCAUCAGGCCAAAGAUUCCCCGGCCCUCGCGGACCUGGUGGUCCCCGUGGACCUGGCCAUGCUCAAACAGGCAGCAUGAGGGGUAUGCCCCCCGGCAUCGGUGGUCCUCCCCGCCCUGGCUCUUCUGUCUCCAACCAGAUGGGCCCUCCCAGGAGGCCUGGAUCUGCCGCUUCAGGCUAUGGACGUCCUCGCGCCGGUUCAGCGUUCGCUGGUAGCAAUGCCGGUAGCCGUGCGGGUAGCAGAGCUGGCGGACCCCGCAAGCCCAUGCCUCCUCCUCCGGCAGACCUGCCUACCGUUCCCGCCCCAUCCAUGUUGAAGGAUGAGUUCUCAAUCUUCAACGCGGCGGACUUUGCUCCACCAGAGACUUUCAAGGAUCGUGUUCGUGGCCGGUCUCAGAGUCCGGCUGGUGAGCGCCGUCCGUUCCAGACGAAGGUCCCCGCCCACUCGCCAUUAGCCAAUGCCUUUGAAGAGCUCCCUGCUCUCCCCAGCCCUCACACUCUCCACAAGUCAAGCACAUUCACUGGUCUUGACUUCGCUCCUCCACCUAAGAUUGGCCACGCCCACAGCAACAGCGACGCCGGCUCGGUCCACAGCAACCGCAGUGGUCCCCUUUCGCCUGCAGCGCUCACUGCUAUUCGCACCGGCGCUGGACGAGUAGACCAUUUACCUGAGGACGCGCAGGUCUUUACGGCAAAUGCUGUGGUCGACAAGCUAAAGCCGUCGUGGAAUUUGCGUGAUUAAGCAGCGGAUGGGAUGCAUAUUUUUAAUUGAUAAUGACGAAAGCCUCUCUUCUUUAUAUAUCCAUAUUGUUGGUUUCAUCAUCCCCAAUUUUUCUAUCUUAGACACGUCACGCUCUCGCGAACCAUGCGUCAACGUUUGGUUGAGUGGUAUUUAGUUGGCUAUGAGGACAAUACGACCGAGCGAAAGCAUUUCAGCGUUUUAUUCUUGUUUUGGUGUCUGACCUCCUACUUGAACUUACCAAAAAUAUGACGACACAGAGGUAGGGAGAGAUUCAUGGACGUGUUACACCACCGCUCCUUGGCUGAUUCCCGCGAUCUAACUCACUCAACAUGUUCUUCCACAUCCGCAUCCCUUCCCAAGUAGGAAGAGAAAAGCUGUGUAUGGAUAUGAGAGGGGGGGGGAGCUUCGAUGUGACCAUUGACGUUUGGUCUUAUUGAGAUCAAUCAGUAUACAUACAUUUCAUGCGCACUUAUAGAAAACGAGCGGAGGAGAGACGGAAUGACGGAUGUACAAUCAUCAUCAUCAUCAUCAACAACAACAGCAUUAUCAUCGGCAUAUGUGUAGAUAAAGGGCAAUGGCGCGUAUGUGAACCACAUGACGGGAGCGUUGGAGAUUGAACCGACGGUUAAAUUUUGAUGCUUUAUAUUGGCUUUUUUUCUUCUCUUUUUUUGUUCGCGAAGAGAUCCCCCUUUUCACCUUUACUAAACCUUUUUGUGUCUUUCAUUUUUUCACGUCUUCGAAUAUAUCUCUAGAUCAAGUCGUGGAUGAACGGGGUGGAUUGUUGUCGAAAAGCUGUUAGUUUUCUUUCUUCAAUCUUUGCACUUUUCGGAUAUUGUUUGUUGAACUUGAGGAGGAGGAGAGCAGUCAUCAAGCAGUAACGGAGGGGCGACGACCCUCCAUACUAUCUAUCUCUAGCGUAGAAAGAGAAACGUGGAAGGUGAAGUU